AUGUCGAAGUCUAUCAAAUUUUAUUUCGAUAUUCUCUCUCCGUAUAGUUAUUUCGGAUUUGAGGUAAGUUUUUGCUCUCAAAAUUUUAGAAUAAAUUGAUUUGCAGGGAAUAACAAAAAAUAAAAAUGUCUGGAAAACAUCUGUCGAACUGAAACCAUUUUUGUUGGGAGCAAUUAUAAAAGGAUCAGAGAAUAAAGGAAUGCCGCUGACAAAUCCGCUCAAGACCAAAUAUGUUAUGAAAGAUUUGACAUUUUCGGCACAAUAUUUGGGAGUUCCAUUCAGAGUUCCAAAAGAUUAUGUGAAUUUAAUGAUGACUACAAGUUCUGUUAUACCUCAAAGAGUAUUAGUUGCUAGCAAAUUACGAGAUGGAGAAGCAAGUUUUCUCCUGAAAAUGAUUUUUUUGAUAAUUUCUUUACGUUUAGGCAGAAAUGGAAAACCUCACUAAAAAACUCGGACAUUUGUUCUGGGCCUAUGGAAAACCAAUUUUCACCAGUGAUCAAAUUCAAGAAGUUCUCCGAUAUUCUCAAGUUCCAAAUUCUGACGAACUUUUCAAAUUAUCAGAAUCUAGCGAAGUUAAAGAAAUUUUGAAGGAAAAUACGAAAGAAGCUUUGGAUCAAGGGGUAAUUUUGAGAAUUUUGUGCUAUUUAAAAACAUUGUUUUUGUUCAGUGUUUUGGUGCUCCUUGGACACAUAUCGUUGAUAAUUCGACUGGAAAUGUUAUUCAAGCUGUUUUCGGAUCUGAUCGUCUUCCACAAAUUGCGCAUUUUGUUGGCGAAGAGUUUAAAAAUUAA